AUGUCUGGUGGUUUUGAUCCGAUACGACUGCGUUUCGGGGAAGCAGACGGGUUGACGGCGAGUUCUUCGAGCCAGUGCGGGGCGGCUGUGCGUAAGGUGGUCACGUGGUGCGAAAUGCUCGCCGCAGAGUAUGCCGCCGGUAUUGACGGAGUGAGGCACCCGUUGACAUUUCGCACGUCACACGGACGGGAGCACGUGACGCUGUCACUCCGGCAACGGGGUGCCGGGUCAAACCGCAGCUGCUAC